CUGUUCCACACGGACACAUUUAACCGUCGAACAGCUUGCAAACUAUUAGUUCCGGAAGUGGAGUGUGUUUGACUUUUUUUUUACCCUAAGAAAUUGUGCAUUUGUUUGUUAGAUUUUGAGCAUAUUGUCCUAAAAAUGGGGAAACGACAGCACCAAAAAGAUAAGAUGUACAUCACCUGUGCAGAGUACACUAAUUUCUAUGGAGGGAAGAAGGCAGAAAUUCCCCAGGCCAAUUUCAGGAGAUUGCCCUUUGACCAUUGCAGUUUGUCUCUUCAGCCGUUUGAGUAUCCGAUGUGCACUGAAGAAGGUGUGGUGUUUGACCUCAUGAGCAUAGUUCCCUGGAUUAAGAAGUUUGGAACGAACCCCAUCUCAGGAGAGAAACUCGAGGCCAAGUCCCUCAUCAAGCUCAACUUCAGCAAGAACAGCGAAGGAAAGUACCACUGCCCCGUUCUGUACAGCGUCUUCACUAACAACUCGCACAUCGUAGCCAACAAAGUCACCGGCAACGUCUUCUCUUACGAGGCUGUAGAGCAGCUCAACUUCAAGACAAAGAGCUACAAAGAUCUGCUGACUGAUGAGCCGUUUACUCGCCGGGAUAUCAUCACGUUGCAGGACCCAACCAAUUUGGAUAAAUUCAACGUCUCAGAUUUUUUCCAUGUGAAAAACAACAUGAAAGUUUUGGAUCCAGACGAGGAGAAAGCAAAGCAGGACCCGGCGUAUCACCUGAAGAGCACGAACCUGGAGACACGCGAGACUCUGGCCGAGCUCUAUAAGGAGUAUAAGGGUGAUGAGCUGCUGGCUUCUACCAUGAAGGAGCCCGAGGCCAAGAAAACCGACAAAUUCAAUGCGGCUCAUUACUCCACAGGUCGAGUGUCUGCCUCCUUCACCUCCACUGCUAUGACUCCAGCCACCAUACAUGAAGCAGACGCUAUCGCAGACGACGCAGUGCGCUACCAGUACGUGAAGAAGAAAGGCUACGUCCGCCUCCACACCAACAAAGGAGACCUGAACCUGGAGCUGCACUGUGAUAAGGUUCCCAAAGCUGGUGAGAACUUCAUAAAGCUGUGUAAGAAAGGCUACUAUGAUGGCACCAUCUUUCACCGCUCCAUUAGAAACUUCAUGAUUCAGGGAGGAGACCCGACAGGCACUGGUACAGGUGGUGAGUCGUUCUGGGGUAAGCCAUUUAAGGAUGAGUUCAAGCCCAAUUUGUCACACACCGGCCGUGGCGUGCUCAGCAUGGCCAACUCUGGGCCCAACACCAACAAAUCUCAGUUCUUUAUAACUUUCAGGUCGUGCACAUACCUGGACCGAAAACACACCGUAUUUGGCAGAGUGGUGGGUGGAUUUGAGACCCUCACAGCCAUGGAGAACGUGGAGAGCGACCCUAAAACAGAUAAACCCAAGACUGAGAUUAAGCUGAUAAGCACUACCGUGUUUGUGGAUCCUUAUGAGGAGGCAGAUGCCCAGAUUGCAGCUGAGCGGGAGAAGGAGGUUCAGAAGCAGGAGGAAGAAAGAGCCCAAACCUCAGCAUCGCUCGGCAAAGCUAAAACUGAACAAGAGCCCAAAACUUACCGACCCGGGGUGGGCAAAUAUAUCAACAUGGCUACCACUAAGCGCUCAGCAGCCGACGAGGACAGCAAACCAUCCAGCAGUGAAACAGCAGCUAAGAAGCCUAAAGGCAGGACAGGAUUUGGAGACUUCAGCUCCUGGUAAAGCCGCUUUUCUCUGGUGGAACAUCACUGUACUCUGUUCUGAACAAAAUACAUUUUAACGUCCAAUCAGAUACCUAUGUUUGAACGUAACAGUACUAUGGACUCGGUCAUGGCUGUUAAAGUACCUGCAAUCUCUUAAAAAUUGUUUUAUCACUGUAUCAAUAUUAUAUUAUCAUAUUGCCCUGCUCUGGUUUGAUGUACAAUUUAGUUCUCCUGUUUAUUUUUUUUUUCUUGCUACUUUGUAAAAUACUUCCUACAAUAUCUUUUGUUCUCCAUUUCAGGAAUAUGUUCAUUUCACAAUGUCCACUGAUGUAUUUUAUGCAAUAAAUCAGCUUUUCUAAA